AUGGUGUUUAGUUCUUCUAAAGAAUUCAAAUGGGCAGUCCAAUAUCAUGAAGCAAUGAGACAAAAGGAUGUAAUGUUCAAGAAGAAUGAGCAUAGAAGAGUUAGGGCAAUUUGUAGACACAAUCAAAUCUGCCAAUGGACUAUUUUUGGUUCUAGCAGCAAUCAAAAUUCUCCUUUUACUGUCAAAACAUAUAACCCUGUGCACAUUUGUGGGAAUCAAGAUGAGAACAAAGUUGUGACCUCAGGUUUUCUUGCAAAAGUCUUCAAGGAUGAUUUUAGGGUGAACAAAGAAUGGGGCAGAGGAGCAUUUCAGGAGCAUGUUAGAUCUAAGUUUAACUGUCAGUUGACUAGAAAUCAAGCAUACUUGGCAAAAAAGAAAGCUUUAAAGAAAAUAGAUGGACUUGACAGUGAACAGUUUAAGCUACUAAAUGAUUACUGUGAGGAGCUAAGAAGAAGUAAUCCUGGAUCCACUGUGAAGAUGAAGUUAGACAGUGAGUUCACUGUUAAUGGAAGGCCUAGGUUUGAAAGGUUAUACAUUUGCUUUGGGGCAUGUAAGGAAGGGUUUGUAAGGGGAUGUAGACCUAUUAUUGGGCUUGAUGGCUGCCACUUAAAGGGUACUCAAAAAGGAGGUCAACUACUGAGUGCUAUAGGUUUAGAUGCUGAUAAUAGCAUGUUUCCAGUGGCUUUUGCUAUUGUGGAAGGUGAGUUGAAGGAUACAUGGAGUUGGUUUUUACAGUUAUUAGACAAUGACUUGAAUUUGUCUAACAAUCCUGGUACUUGGACAAUCAUUUCUGAUAAACAAAAAGGCCUUAUACCUGCUGUUGAAGAACUAUUUCCAGGGCUAGAGCAUAGGUUUUGUGCUAGGCAUCUACACUCUAAUUUUGUGAAGGAUGGGUUUACAGGUCAUAUAUUGAAGAUGCAUUUCUGGGGUGUGUGUAAGGCUACUACUGAGGCAGAAUUUGAGGCUAGAAUGGAGGAACUAAAGGGCUGCAAUGUUAAGGCAUUUGAUUGGUUAAGAGCAAGGGAUCCAAAACACUACUGCAGAGCUUUUUUUAGUACAUUCCCUAAAUCUGAUCUACUACUAAAUAACUUGUGUGAGUCCUGGAACAGUUGCAUUCUGAAUUUCAGGGAUAAGCCAAUUCAAACCAUGUGUGAGAAGCUAAGGUUAUACUUGAUGACUAGGAUGCAAAGGAAUAUGGAUAGAAUGAUGUCUCAUCCAUUCAAGGUGUGUCCAAGAAUUCUGAAAUUAAUAGAGGAAGGCAAAGAAAAGUCUGCUAGAUUCACUGCUUAUAAAUCAGUUGAUGAAAUUUACCAAGUGGAUGAUGACAACUUCAAGGCCCACAAGGUUGAUUUAAGUAGUAGGCAGUGCAGUUGCAAGAGAUGGGACCUCAGUGGCAUCCCAUGUACACAUGCCAUUGCAGCUAUCAGAAAAAAGGGUGACCUGCCAGAGAAUCAUGUGCAUGCCUGUUACUCAGUGGAGCACUAUCUCAGAUCAUAUGGCCCUGCAAUCUUGCCUAUUAGAGCUCAAGAAUUAUGGCACAAAACUGGCAUGCCAUCUCCAUUGCCACCAAAGUACAAGCCACAACCUGGAAGACCAAAAAAGAAGAAGAAAAUUGAUCCAGUUGUAGAGAAACCAGAUUUGAAAAAAGGCAACAAAAAAAGGUGA